GAAUGGCAUUUAGUGACUGAAAUGAUAAACAAAACAGGAGUAGCAAAUUGUUAAGCAUAUUUUUGCAAAUCAACAAAAAAGUAAUUGUAAUUUAAAUAAAUAACAAAUGUCGCUUCUUGAGCAAUAUGAGCAGCAAUACGCAGCGCUAAUCGCUGAAAUAACUGCACACAUUGGUCGUUUACAACAGAAUGCAACCGAACGCAAUGAACUGUGCACCAAAAUCGAUGCCAGCCUGUCCGAAGCACAGGAGCUGCUCGAGCAAAUGGGCCUGGAGGUGCGCGAGCUGAAUCCAUUGCAGCGCAGCACCUUCAAUAGUAAAAUACAAGUCGCCCAGGCGGAGCUGAAGCGGUUGCAAGCGGAGUACAAACAAACCAAAGACAGAAUACGAUCGAAGACAAAUAAUUUCACAACACUUGAUUUGGCUGGCAGCGGUGACUACUACGAGGAUGUAGCCAUUACCAAUGAUCAACGUCAGCGAUUGCUGGAUAACUCCGAGCGCAUUGAACGCACCGGCAAUCGAUUAAACGAAGGCUAUCGCGUAGCUAUUGAAACGGAAGCGCUUGGCGCACAAGUUUUAAAUGAUUUACAUCAUCAGCGGGAGACAUUGCAGGGCGCACGCGCUCGUCUAAUGGAAACGAAUGCUGAUUUAGGACGUGCCUCCCGCACCCUUAAUUCCAUGAUGCUGCGCGCACUGCGCGAAAAGGUCGUCCUCUAUGGCGUUGGCGUUUGCUUCGUGGUUGCUGUUGGAGUGAGCCUCUAUUUAACAUUUGCACCGAGUUCCACAGCUGCCACAUCAUAGUUUCGUGACUAUAAAACACGUUAGCGCAUUCCUUGUUGAGUUAAUUGUUUAUUUAUUAUUAGUUUCAAUUGUGAGUUAGGUAUGUAUAUUGAGGAAAUUUUAAACAUUAAACUACAAAGCUUAAUUUACUAUGACUUAUGCACCUUAUCCGUACA